AUGGAUUUUCAUUUUGCAACGGCGUGGGAGCAGGUAGCGGACCUCUACCCGAGUCGCACCGCCGCAAUUUGUGACGAUAAGGCGGUGUCCUGGCGCGACUACGAACAACGUGCGGCGAAAAUUGCGGGCUUGCUGCAGGCCCAUGGCCUGGGUGCUGAUUCCAAAGCGGGUCUGUAUCUGCACAAUUCCAACGAAUAUCAGGAAGCGCAGUUUGGUCUGUUCAAAAUUGGCGCGUGUCCAAUCAAUGUUAAUUAUCGCUACAAAGCCGACGAGCUGGUGUAUCUGCUGGAUAACUCAGACGCUGAAGCGGUGUUUUUUCAGGCCUGUUACGCCAUGCGGAUCUGGGAAAUCAAAGAUCGCUUACCGAAGGUGAAACUGUUUGUGCAGGUCAAUGACGGUACGGAGGCGCUGCUGGACUUUGCCGUCGACUACGAGCGCAGUCUGCGUGAUGCGGAACCAGCGCCGCGGCAGGCGCGUGAUCCGGAAGGUGUUUACAUGCUGUAUACCGGCGGCACCACGGGGAUGCCCAAAGGCGUCAUGUAUCCUGUGGGGCAGUUUGCCGGUUUUUUUAUCACCAUGGGCGCUACCGGUCGUGGCCUGGAACCCCCGACUUCUAUGGCGGAAUAUGAAGCUUUUCUUGCGUCAAUUGAACAGCCGCCCAUCAACCUUGUGGGUUGCCCCCUGAUGCACGGCACCGGUGCCUGGUUGGGUGGGUUCCUGCCGAUGUUGAUGGGUGGCACCGUUGUCACCACUUCAAAGUUAGGCCUGGAUCCAGAUCUGCUCUGGGGUUUAACUGAAAGCCACCAUGUGACCGAUCUGGUUAUUGUGGGUGAUGCAUUUGCCAAGCCGCUGCUGGCGGCAUUGGAUGGCGCUGAGCAGCGUGGCACACCCUAUGACCUGACCUCUUUGAAACAGAUUACAUCCAGCGGGGUGAUGUGGAGUCAUGAGACAAAACAGGGUCUUUUGCGGCAUCACGAUAUGAUUCUGGCCGAUAUCAUGGGCUCCUCGGAAGGGGGCAUGGGCAGUUCGAUCACCACCCGGGAAGCCGCCGCACAAACGGCAAAAUUUCAGCUCAAUGAAGGGGUCCGAGUUAUUACCGACGAUGACCGUAUCGUGCAGGCGGGAUCCGGUGAAAUUGGCAAAAUUGCAACCUCCGGUUUUGUGCCGUUGGGGUACUACAAAGACCCGGAAAAAUCCGCGGCCACCUUUCGUGAGGUGGAUGGGGUUCGCUACAGCUUCCCCGGUGACUAUGCAACUGUAGAGGAUGAUGGGUCUAUCACCCUGUUAGGGCGAGGUAGCGUGUGUAUCAACACGGGUGGAGAAAAGGUCUUUCCGGAAGAGGUAGAGGAGGCGGUAAAACGUCACGGGUCAAUAUUGGAUUCGUUGGUGGUUGGCGUACCAGACGAUCGUUUUGGUGAGCGCAUCGUUGCGGUUACCUCAACACGUGAAGGUCAGAGCGUCGGCGCGGAAGAUCUGAUUGCCUACACCAGGGAUCAUCUGGCAGGUUACAAGGUGCCAAAAGAGGUCUUGUUUGUGGAUACGGUCAGACGUGGGCCCAAUGGCAAGGCAGAUUACAAAUGGGCCAAAGCCACCGCUCUGAAAGCUGCAGGAUUGUGA